UGCCGAGAGUACCCUCGACCCUCUCUCUCUCUCUCUAUCUCUCUCUGCGACGCCUCCAACAAACAGCUUCCAGGCUCCCCACCGCGUUUGUUUCAGCCUAGAGUAUGUAUGCGUUUGCAGUCACGCAUUGCCGGUGAUUCGGCCAUAUCCACCCACGUCUGGCACUACUCCACGACGUUCCCUCCACCGCAUCUCCACGACACCACUCUCUCCGCACUCCCCACAUCUCGCGUUUCCACGCGCAACACGACUCGUUUGCCUACCUGCAAGCUCCGCCGAGUGUGUUAUCGCUCGAAUCAUUGUUAUCCGUCAUAAUAUCCGGCUAUAGCCGCUACAGUAGUUGCUCAAACCGAUAGAGCAACUGAUUGUCCAUCCUGUUAGGACCCUGACGACACCACCACGACACGAUGCGAAGAAGCAGCUAUGCAGCUGCCCUGGCUGGCAACACAGGCAGCAGCCCUGCAAACACCGCGCCUACCCGUUCUGGGGCUUUCUCGCAUCUUAUCAAUAGCGGCUCAACACCUCACAUGAUAAGCCAGCACCGCCACUCGCGCUCCAUCGACGCCGACGGUCACCACGAUAGCAUGUCCACAAGUUGGGGAAGGGGCGGAGCGCUGCCGUCAUACUCCAGCCAGACCGGACAUUGGCAAGGGUUGGGAGGGGGAGCUCAGGACAUACCACCGUUCUUCGUACCGUCGUACUUGCGCGGAUCGAAACAUGCCGAGAAGCUACAGGAAGCACACAAGGCAAAGCUGGCGGCGCAUCGCGAGUACAGGUCAACACACUCGUCGACUGCAGGAUCUUUGUCGACCAGCUCGAGCAGCGUCAACCUACACAAAAUGGCUGGUUCACAUCGCGGCAUGACACACGAAGUCAUCGAGCGACAAGCGCCUGUCUUCGUCGACGAGCCAGUGUCGCCCUGGCCGACAAAGUGGAAUGAGAGCGACAAGUUUGCGCAGCUCGAUAUUGAGGAUGGAGGCAGACAGGCCAGGUUCUCUGGGUCACAGAAGACACACGAUGAGGCGGCAUCGGUGCGCGCGGACUGUCCCAUGCCGCGACAAUGUGGCAUAUAUUACUAUGAGGUGACGGUUGUUUCCAAGGGGAAGGAUGGAAGGAUGAUCGGUGUCGGUUUCUCAGGUCCCAAAGUCGCUCUGAGUAGGAUACCAGGGUGGGAGCCGGACUCAUUUGCAUACCAUGGAGACGACGGACAGAUCUUCAACAACACAACAUCAGGAAAAAACUACGGACCCAAGUUUGGUACACUUGACGUGAUCGGGUGUGGUAUCAAUUUCCGCACCGACACCGCGUUCUUUACCAAGAACGGUCACAUGCUGGGCCCGGCUUUCCGGGACCUAAAGCCUAACAUGCCAUAUUAUCCUACAAUCGGUAUGAAGAAGCCCGGCGAAACACUCAGGGUGAAUUUCGGCCAGGAACCCUUCGCAUUCGACAUCGACAAGAUGGUGCAAGAUGAGAAGGCCACCAUACAAGAGGAGAUCAACCAGACAAAAUUUACGGCCAGCGCUGCAUCCGCUCCUGAUGAGACACAGUUCAUUCACCGGCUGAUAAGUCAAUACUUGGCGCACGAUGGCUACGUUGAGACCGCGCAAGCAUUUGCAGAAGAGAUUGUUGACGAGGCACGAGCACUCGCUAACGACGAUGAUGCAACAAUACCAUAUCAGGAAGCAGUCGAGGACAUGGACGCACUGAACCGACAAAAAAUCCGUGCAGCCAUCCUUGAGGGCGACAUUGACAAGGCUCUCAAGCACACCCAGGCGUACUACCCAUCAGUACUUCGCGACAACGAGAACAUAUACUUCAAGCUGCGCUGCCGAAAGUUCAUCGAGAUGAUCAGAGACUGCAACGAGCUCAACACACAGUGCCAAACUACACAUACGUCCAAGCGCUCCGCUGCAUCAAAUCCAAACAAGCGUAACUCGACAGCCACCGAUGAAUACGACUUCCAAAUGGAGCUCGACGAGCAGUUUGGCGUCAACAAUCCCACGCCUAGUUUAGACAAUCUCAAUGAUGAAGAUGACCUCGAAGACAAGCAAGUCAAACUACAACAGUUGACCGCCAAUACAAUAGCAUAUGGCCAGGAACUGGGCGCAGAAUUCGCGAACGACCCAAGAAGAGAGGUCAGACAAGCUCUGAAAGAUACCUUCGCUCUGAUAGCGUACGAGAACGCAAAGGAAAGUAGUUUGGCGCCGUUACUAGAAAUUGAUGGACGCGUGCCGGUGGCGGAGGAGCUGAACAGCGCCAUACUAGGUACGUCCAAACGCUUCUCCAGGUAUCAAGAUAACAAACAACUAUUGCUAACGCACACGUAGUCAGCCUCGGCAAAUCCAGCUCAGCAGCCAUCGAGCGCCUCGUCCAACAAACCGAAG